AUGGGCACCAAGGGGAAAGUUAUUACAUGCAAGGCAGCCAUUGCCUGGGAAACAGGCAGUCCCCUUUGCAUUGAAGAAGUUGAAGUGUCUCCUCCUAGGGCUCAUGAAGUUCGAAUUCAGGUAAUCGCCAUGUGUGUGUGCCCUACUGACAUCAACGCUACCAAUCCUAAGAAGAAAGCUCUCUUUCCUGUAGUCCUUGGCCAUGAGUGUGCAGGAAUUGUAGAAAGCGUUGGGCCAGGAGUGACCAACUUCAAACCAGGUGACAAAGUAAUUCCAUUCUUUGCACCUCAGUGUAAAAAGUGCAAGUUCUGUCUGAGUCCUCUUACAAACCUCUGUGGGAAACUCCGGAACUUUAAAUGCCCCACAAUUGAUCAAGAGCUCAUGGAAGACAGAACAAGUAGAUUUACCUGCAAAGGAAAACCAAUUUACCAUUUCAUGGGAGUCAGUUCGUUCUCUCAGUACACUGUAGUUUCAGAGGCCAAUCUUGCCAGAGUCGAUGACGAGGCAAACUUAGAGAGAGUUUGUCUGAUUGGAUGUGGGUUCUCAUCAGGCUAUGGGGCUGCUAUCAACACUGCCAAGGUACAUCAUUAA